AGUAUUUCAGUAGUCAUUCUCGCUCUACAGGGGUAGGUCGCGUUGCUCAUUCGUCUCAACGAUAAGCCGUUCAUAUUUAUCGCGAAAAAACUUUUAAUAAUUGUACCUGGAUAUUUAUUGUUUAUUGUAAAUUAUUACAAGAAGUGAAAAUUUGUGUUUUAUUUUAAUGUGUAUGUUUUUUUUAGUUUGUCAAACUAUCGCGGCUGAGUACAAGCGACCUGGACAAACAAGACUGGGACAUGAUUGAAUCAUUUAUUUGUAUUUCCUACUGAUAUACAACUUACAACCAUUCCAAAAUCACGUCAAAAAACACCAAGAUGUGCCCGGAAAAGAAGAGAUAAAAAGUAUAAAAAGGACAAGAGUCCCGCCAUGUUUUCAUUAGCGAACGGCUGUGGUUGCGUCAACUUUGGUAGUGGACGGCGAACGCGGUCUAUGGGCGACGACUCUUCGUCCUGUAGGAGCUCAGAAAUUGAACAAGAAGUACCUAAGAAGUUGGGGAGAAGGGUCCUUAGUGGUGAAUGCACGAUGAAGGCCCUUGCACCUUUCCUGAGAUUUUGGAAGAGAGACGAUGUCAGCAUGACGAAGGCAGAAAGAACUAUGAAGGCAGCCAUUUUAAUACAGCAGUGGUAUCGAAGGUAUUUGGCGCGUAUGGAAGUUAGAAGACGAUACACAUGGACAAUUUUUCAAAGUAUUGAAUAUGCUGGCGAACAGGAUCAGGUCAAGUUAUACAACUUUUUCAACGCGUUGCUGAGUCACAUGAGGGAUACCACCGGCCGACCGUCCUCUGAGCGGACAUCACGUACUGCCUCCGUGUUGGAACAAGUAUUUUCUGAAGAGUCUGACGAAGGCGGUGGCGUGGACGAAACCGCGCCGGCGAAAUCCUCGCGUGGACCAGAUAUCGAGUUUCCGCUGAAGAGGAAAGAUAUUGACCUGCUGAUUGAGGCAUUCCGAAAGAAAAAGCAUCGUUUACAUCCGAAGCACGUAGCGCAGAUACUGAAAGAGGCCGCUCAAACAUUGAAAAGGUUGCCUAAUAUUAACGUGGCCACAACCUCCAUAUCCAGCCAGAUCACAAUCUGCGGUGAUUUACACGGCAAGUUGGACGACUUGUUGGUCAUCUUUCAUAAGAACGGGUUGCCCUCGGCGGAAAAUCCAUACAUAUUCAACGGAGAUUUUGUGGAUAGAGGCAAGAAGAGUUUAGAAGUGUUGCUGCUGUUGUUGGCCUGUAUGCUCACAUUCCCCGGGGGAGUUUACCUCAAUCGAGGAAACCACGAAGACCUAAUUAUGAAUGCGAGGUACGGCUUCAUUCGAGAAGUGAACCAAAAAUAUCGGCACAAUGCAGAGCGACUAUUGAAACUGAUAGAAAACGUCUACCGUUGGUUACCACUAGGCACCAUCAUAAACAAUAGAGUUUUUGUGGUACAUGGCGGCAUUUCGGAUACCACUGACUUGGAUAUGGUGAAGAGUCUGGAAAGAGAUAAGUACGCGUCGCUGCUUCGACCGCCGGUCGCUGAAGGCUCGUCGGAAGCUAUCGACAAGGUGGAGUGGAAACAGGUGUUCGAUAUUCUGUGGUCGGACCCCCAAAGCAUGGGCGGUUGUGUGGCGAACGCGCUCCGCGGUGCGGGCACUUACUUCGGUCCCGACGUCACCGCGAGCUUCCUGCACAAGAACAAGCUUAGUUUCAUCGUUAGGAGCCACGAGUGUAAGCCUGGAGGUUAUGAACUACUGCAUAGUGGGAAUGUCAUCACCAUAUUUUCGGCGUCCAACUAUUACGAGCUGGGAUCUAAUAAAGGUGCAUACUUGAAGCUGCGAGGAAAUGCGCUUGAGCGUCAGUUCGUUCAGUAUACAGCGGCUGUUUCUCGAACAAGACGACUGACCUUUAGACAGAGAGUUGGGCUUGUGGAAUCAUCAGCUAUGAGAGAACUGCAUAGUCACAUAGUUAUGGCUAGAAGACAACUAGAAGGGACCUUCAGAAGCAUGGACAUAGAGAACACCGGUUUCAUAUCGAUCAGCGACUGGUGCACGGCCAUGGAACAAACGACACACUUGGGGUUGCCGUGGCGAAUGCUCAAAGACAAGCUGGUGAGGACUGACCCGGACACGCGUCGUGUUAGAUACAUGGAUACGUUUGAUUUGUCCGCUAAUAAGUUUGGUCGAAAGUCCGACACUCAGACUGUAGUUGAAACUCUGUAUAAGAACAAGCAAAGUUUGGAAGCCAUAUUCAAGAUUUUAGAUAAAGACAACUCGGGAUACAUAACCCUCGAGGAGUUCUCAGAAGCUUGUCAACUCAUCGGUAAGUACAUGCCGAACCCUUUGACGCAAGAGCAAUUGGUUGACAUUUGCCGGCUCAUGGACAUCAACAAGGACGGUCUGGUCGAUCUCAACGAGUUUCUAGAGAGCUUCCGUCUCGCUGAAAAGAGUUUGCACGAGGAGGAACAUCAACUUGCCGAACUUCAGGCCACCUGACAGGAGCUAGACCGCUAUCCGAGCAGGACAGCGGUCGAUAAAGAUGAAACUGGCGUCGAAAUCGAACUACUGAGAAUGGACGAUGACUUCAAAAGACCGACUAACAAUAGAAGGGUUAAUAUCGCCGGCCAAAGCUCGUCGGGGCAGGAGGAAAUAGCGUUAAUCGAACGCGUCGAUACGCGACGGCCAGGUCUCCUGGAAAGCGACAUGUGAACGUGUACUGCCGAUUUACAUUUUUAAAAUUUACGCUUUAUCGCGCUAACGGAUUUAACACCUAUCGGGGGCUUAUUGUGUCAUUCAUAAUGCAUAUCGCUUGAAUUUAUUAUUCGAUUUGAAAACGUUGUGUAAUGUACUCGUAGACAGAUCAAUUUUAAUACUUAUAAGAUUUAGCACAUCAUGAGUGGAUACAUAAUGUAAGUUAGAUUUGUCAUUUUUGUUUGAGUAACGUAAUGAGCCCUCAGUAGUGAAGGUUUCAAUUAUGUAGGUAGUUGCAUGCUGAUUAGAAAACAAUAUUAAAUUCUUGCAUUUUAAUCGAGCCUAAUUUUCUUGUUACAUCGAGUUUAAACCUUCCUAAUUAAUUAUAGGCUUGCAUUUUAAAAUAUUUUCUAUAUAUUAAGAAUAAAUAUUUUACUUGUAUUCUGAUUGUCAUCUAGCGAUAAUUUAUUAUUUGGCUUUGAUAGUUAUAAUACUGCGAUCUUGUAUAAUAUAGGGCCCCAUAGUUAUAAUUCCCUGAAGUAUUUCUACAAUCUUCACAUAGCAAAAUAUUAAAAUUUUAUAGACAUAACAGUUACUCUAAAUUUCGUAUAGUGUCAUUAAUUUCAGUGGAAUUAUCUAUAUUUAUAUGUAUAAUUAUAACUUACGUUUUGAUUUUAGGAAUAUUUAAUUAUCAGAAUUGUAUGAAAGAACUGUUUUCACAAUAUUAAAUGUUAAAUAAAUUAAAAUUACGUACUUAUUCUACGUAAAUAUUUUAUUUCCAAUUGGUGCCAAGUUUAUAGAAAAAGUUUAUGUUUUUUUAUGAUAAACAUAAUUUUAUCAAUUUUUAUAACACUUUUAAUCAUGGGAACAAACAUAUUGUUUGAAAAACAUAUUUACAAAAUAUAUUUAUUGCGAUAUUUUUGUACUUAAUUAAAUAAAAUAUAUUUAGAUACAAAUGCUGCUAUUUAUCUUAAAGAUCUCUUUGUAUGUAUGAAUUAUUCAUAUUCGUAAAAUUACUUGGUAGUAUCCUCUCAGUUCCUUAAUUUUAUUACUUACAUAGUACUACAUACUACAUAGACUUACAUAGUAAUAGUUAUUAUACAAUUUUAAAACGCAUUAGCCAUUAAAAUAAUGCUAUCGAUGCUAUAACUAGUCGCAAACCUAGUCUUGAAAAUUUCGUACAUAUCUUUAUAUUAGAUUUAAUCAUUCCAAUCUAUUUAAUAAAAUGUCAUUUUCCAAAUUACAAUUGAAUCUAUAUCACUUUUUUAGAGAAUAGCGUUGUUAUAUCGCUCAGGAGGCAGAAGGAAUGAAGAAUUAUAUCGUAUAAAAUAUGUGUUGAAUAUAAGUACUAAGUUACUGGGUUAAAUAGAUGUACAUAUUUUUAGUUUUAAUCACAAACUCAUUCGGCCAAUCAUUUAAUUAAAUAUCUGCAUCAAAAAGAAAAGCAAAGCAUGUUAAGUCUGGUUUCAGUCAUAUUACUUUUUUAUAUUAUAUUUAACGGUCAAUUAUCGUAGUGUAAAAUUAUUUAAAUUUAAUAUCUAUACGACCAUUUAUCGAGAAAUAAUUUUGUUUGAGUUUUAAUUUAUAAUAUGGAGAGAAUUAAAAGCUGGACUUGAAUUCUAGCGAUGUAACCGUUUUAAUCUUUACAUCUGCACUUUCUUAAACUAUUUACUGUAGGUUAUUUAAAAUAAGGGAAACAACGCAUGUACCACAUUAUAACUAUGAGAAAUAUUCGCUAAUUUCAUCAUAUUAUGCGUAAAAUGUUUUUGUUCAUUAAAUUGUGAUACUGAUCAA